AUGGAAAUGAUGGAAUGGAAUGGAAUGGAACGGAAUGGGAUGGAAUGGGAUGGAAUGGAACGGAAUGGAACGGAAUGGAAUGGAAUGGGAUGGGAUGGGAUGGGAUGGGAUGGAUGUGGUGUAUCAUUCCAAACAUACGCCUCAAACCUGGAGCUUCAAAGAAGUUUGAAUUUGAAUGAAUGUAAACAAAUUCAAAUGAAAGAUAAUCCAGUUAACUGGUGUUGA